AUGGACCGGCAAGGUGAGGGUCACAGAAAAGCAUCAGCACGUCGUGCCAGCGAUGAUUUCAGGGCGUGGACUACUGAGCAAGGCUUGAUGUCGUGUUUUAAGCAUCGAUUUCCUACCCAGCCCAGAUUUACGUACCAAAACGGAAGCACCCGGACAGCAUUGGACGAUAUCUACAUCAGCGGCAGACACACCCACCAGAUCCAACAAAGCCGUAUAUGGCUAUACUCUUUGCACCUAAGUGACCACGUCGGAGUACCCUUCGUGUCGAUCGCACUUGGCCACGUGCAACACACCCCCGCACGUUUAAAAAAUGUCAGGGCAUUCAAGGUGCUACCUGUCAAAGGAGCCUCCAAGGACGAACUUCAUAGUUUCAAGACGCUCCUGGCGGGCCAACUAGCGUCGGGCACGGUGCGACUAAUUGACCCUCUGUGCGGGGAACCCAACGCUGAUGCUGAUAUUCAAAACUGGCUGACCAGCGCUAUUGAUAAUCUGUACAAGUGCAUGUACCAGGCAGCGAAACGGACCUGGGGCGAGCGCAGUCAAACUCGCAGAGCAAUCGACCGAGCUGUCAGCAUCAAGCGCACAACACGGUGUCAUGACCAACUCAAAGCUGCUGUUCGCCGACUUCAAAAGCAGGCCGGCGUAGACGAAGACGAACUACGCAGAGAGAGUGGCGGCUAUCAGAGCAACCCUGCACACGUCCAGAGUUCGAUGAGUGGCUGGACACGGGAUGGAAGCUGUGGAAAAGAACUUUGCGGUCGCGGCGACAAUGGAGACAACGUAGACGAAAUGAAGGCAAGCGCGUGCAGCGAAAGACGUGGAUGGCAAACGGCCAAGUUAAGAAACUAUUGCGGUCUACAAUAG